AUGCGCUUCUCAUCCAAGUUGUCCCUCCUGGCUGUCGUCGCCACUGCAUCCACCGUUGUACAGGCCAGCCCGAUGACGAACGUAGCUGCCCCUGUCGAUGCCAAAGACGAUGCCUUGAUGGCUCGCGGCCUCCCGGGUAACGUGGGCGUUGCGUCGCACAAGGAUGCCCGCCAGGUUCCUAGCGGCGCACCCAGUCCCAGUCUUCCGACGGCGGGCGGCGUUCCAAGUGCCAGCGGAGCACCCUCGAUGCGUCGUGAGGGCUCGGUCGCUCGGGAGGAAUUAGCAGCUGUUGGAGAGCACAACGGUGACGAUCAGAGCAACACGAAUGACCCGGCUGAUGUCUCCGUCGACUCCUACAACCAGGACAAAGAUGAUUUCAAGUAUGUCCGGAUCCCUCAUCGAACAUGGGACUCGGAGGUUCCAAUGCGCAAGACGCUUGAGCGCUAUCGUCCGUUCACGGAUACCUACGAGGACCAGAUUGUACGGUGUCAUGAGGCGCGUUAG